AUGGUCGUCUCAGGUCCGGAAUCUGAUGGGCGGCGGGGAAGGCGGAUGGUGGCGAGAAACCUGGGUUCUUUGGUUGUUUACGUCGAUUCAACGGAGCUGAUGGAGUGGCAGAGGAUUGAUGGUGAUCAGAAGAAGGUGCGGUCAAGUCGCAUACCUUAUGGUGAAUGGCUACUUGAGGAGUGGGACAUGGACCGUGCCUUUCCCGAGCACGCCGAGGGCAUUGGAGUUCUCGAUUGGAUAAGACCACCUCGGUCGCCUCCCGUCGAACGAGAGACAGUCACUAGUUCAAAGCAGAAAUACUGUGUCAUUGGCGAGCUGUACCUCAGUCUUCGCUUCAUCCCUGGCACCCCAUCCAUUUGGGCCUGGUGGUCCCACUCGCUUGCAGAUGCGGGGGGUGUCAACGCCGAGCCUACAGAUAAGGGUGUUAAAAGGGCCUUCAAAGCUUCAAAGAAGGGGAUAUAUACAAUGGUCUUGAAUCUCAGUGGUUGUGAAUGGGACGAAUUCUCGGCGGUGCCCAUCCACGAACACAAUGGAGUACCGCCAAACCCUAACUGCAAUGCUCUUGGGACAUUCUCGCCCAGCCAGUCACUCACUUAUCGUUUGAUCGGUAUUGAGCCGUCUGGACACCAUCAUCUAUCCGUCUUUGCUCCGCUGAAUUGCAUGAGACCGCAUCCAACCUCAGACAACCCGAAUGCCACAGAAUGA